CCGAAGCUUGUUCUUCGACCCUAAGGAGCUUCAAAACCGCAAAUCCCGCCAUUAAUCAACGGGCUUUUAAUCUCAAGCUUCUUCUUCGCCACUCAGGAGCUCAAAGCCUCCAAUUCCCACCAUUAGUUCAGAGCUUUUAAUCUCAAGCUUGAGCUUCAAAACCCCAAAUUCCUCCAUUAAUCGACGGAGCUGUUAAUCUCCAUUUUUUUUUGCUGCUGCUGAACCAUGAAUUUUCUUGAAUUGAGAUUGAGAGUUCCACAAGGCUCUCAUGGGCUCUCGGCUGAUCCAAGGCCUGAUUGGAAGGUCGAUGAUCUAAUCGCCGAGCUCGAUGCCGUAGAAACCAAGUUGCGUAGAGUGGUUCUGUUGAAGAGUUCGACCCCAUUGGAACGGCCAACUGCGACAUGCAAUUUGAAGAAUACUACGGGUUUUGUUAUGUGCUUAUCUGAUGAUGAAUAUGGGGAGAAUGGAGAGAGUUUGAGUAAAAAACCCAUGGGUGGUAUAUGUUUCUCGUGCAAUGGACUUGAUUUCGACAGUAGUUCAGGUGAAACUGAAGAUGAGUCUGAUUUGGGAACAGAUGAUACAUGUCUGAUGCGCAAAUCAGGAGUGGCGGAAGGUCUUUUAUUUGAAUUAGAGCGUGAACGGCAGCUAAGAGUCCAGGAAGAAAUCCGAGAAAAAGUACGUGCUUUGCAGGCAGAGUGGAGGAAAGAGAUUGAGAGGUCAUCUUCAGACCUGUUACUUGUAGAGAAGGAUAUUGAAGCAAAGCGGGAGACGGAGAAGAAACUUGACAAGCAUUAUCUACGCAAAAUUGCAGAAGCUCGUGACCUCUACUUAUCUGCUGUUCAAAGGGAUCAUGAGCAGCGAUCACAAAUAGAGGAGCGGCGAAUUAGGGAGGAGGCAGCGAUUGGGGAGGCCAAAAGAAAAGAGAAACUCCGUGAAGAGGAGCGCCUAGAAAAAGCUAAAGCUGAAGCUCAGGCUAGACUUGAGUCUGCAAGAGCCUUUGAAGCUGCACAGAAAGCAGCUGUAGAAGUUGCACGAAAGGUUGCUGCAGAAGUUGCAGAAAGGCAAGCUGCUGAAAUCAUGAGAAAGUCUGAGGAAGCUGCACUGGAAAAAGUAAAUGUUGUUGAGACCUCUGAGAAACUGACAAGAGUUGAUAAUUCUCUUAAAUUGCAAUCAACAGGGAUCAUUACUAAAGUUUCUGAAACUGCUGCUAAACUCGAGGCAGAUAGAAUUGGCAAAUCUGAGGAUUUAGAGCAACAGAACCGUUCUUUGAAAACAAGCUCCAACAAUGAAUUCAAAAGCUUUGAACAAAAAAUUUACUUACGCGUACGCCAAAUAACCGGUAGCCAGUUGAAUAUAAGCUCUAAGUUACAUGACUUGGUCGAAAUUAUUCAAGAUCCUGCAUGCCCCCAGUCUAUUUCAAUAUCAGCAUUUGCCAAAAUGGUUGUCGCUCAGUGCGAUUCCCCGACACUGAAUAUGAACCAUGAUGCUUUUGGACUGGGUUACUUGAUUGUCCUCGUUACAUCACAGGUCCCAGUUUCUAUGGAUCUGGUACUUGCGGAGUUUCAUAAGGCUUGCAUUUACACUAUCCCCAAGCAUAUCCAGUUCUCAAAGUUUGCUUUCAAUUCCGAAGAAGAAUACUACAAAAUGAUUGGCUAUCGAGACGAAGAUGGGCAUAUUGAAAGCACAGAGAGUUACUUGGAUCGCACAGUGGCGUACAUCAGACUUUAUGCCGCACUAGUUCAGACGGAUGUCAUGAAUUAUAGAAACCUUCAUGGCCUGAAGGAAGGUUGGGCAUGGCUUGCGAGGUUUCUCAACCACCUCCCACCUAACAAACACACUGCUGUAGUGCUGGAUGCAUUCCUAAAGGUUGCUGGUUUUGCUUUGUACAGGAGAUACAAAAGGCAAUUCAUAAAAGUUUUGAACGUCAUAUCUCGUAAGUUUUUGCCCUCCCUAAAGGCACAGAAAGGCCAAAACUUGGAAAAGGCGAUAUUCAAUCUUGAGGAAUACAUUGAAUCAAAGAAGUACCUGGAAGAGCCAGAAGGGUGGAGAUUAGUUCAGACCACUGAAUCAAAGAUCUUGCUUGAUUGAACUACAAAUUUGUAUAGUUCUUUUAGGGCUCUUAAGGUUUAUGAGCAAAUUCAAUGCCCUCUUGCGGUUUUCAGAGCAACGGCAUCGAGAGAUUUGCAUCAUAUUAGGGUUUAGAAAUGCGGUAAUAGGCAAAUUUGUUGGACCUGAAUGGGUCUCCUGCCUCCUCAUAAAUGUAUAAUCUGCAUAACUUUACCAUGCAUAUGAAUGAUACAAUAUUGUUGAUGUGGUUCAAUUGUUUCUUUAUGUAUAAAGUUAUUUUGGUCAUUGUUCUAAAUACGAGAAAGGCUCAAUUGGUGGGAA